AUGGCCGUUCCAGGUCUUGAGUCGAUGCCCUCGAGGCCGAUGACUUCGGAGGAGUUCAGCGCCGCCAUCAUCAAAGCCUGUUUCUUAUACAGCCAAGAAGACGUAACAGAGAUCAAACCCAAAAAAGUACGGGUGCUGUGUGUAUACUUCGAGGCAGACAAGGACAGUCACCCCAAUGUCGAAAGCACCAGCGAGCAAGUCCGUGAUGUCUUCCAGAACACUUACGGUUACGAUACCGUCGGCCUCGUGAUCCGGAAACAGGACAAAAACCCCCAAGCAAGAUUGACAUCAGCGCUCAGUGCUCUAUUCAACAGAAUGGACGAGGAUUGUAUAGCUAUCCUACACUACAUUGGCCACGGAGGAGACGGUCAAAACUUCGUGUUCCCUUCAUUAAGACAUGAUAUGAUAGAUCCUUGGGACGUCAACUUCUUGAUUCUUCUAGACUGCUGCUGUCCUAUUGAGAUUGGCGGCUACAUAGGCCAUGACAAAGAAUUGAUCUACGCCUACGCUUCGGGGGCAGGCGAGUGCGACGAUGGUCUUGGUUGCGAACGGGGCUUCAGUAGAAAUCUUGUAAGAGAACUGAAGCGCGCUCAUGGAAACGGACAUGCCUUAUCCACAUCACAGCUCUACAGCCGUCUAGCAACAAAGAGUUUUACCCUGAACGAUUCUUGGGAGACGGAGCUGGAUUCUCUGCCUCAUUUCAUUCGACACCCUCGAGACCAUGGACCGUCUCUGUUAUUGCAACCCGUACGGCAAAAUAGAAACUUAUACCUGAUACCAGCUCCUUGCCAAGAAUUGGGCGAACAGACGGCUGAUGUCGUUCUGUCAGUUCAAAUCGCCAACGGUGGUUGGGAAGCAUUACGCACCGUUCAGUCAUGGGCCCAGAUGCAUCCAAUGACUGAAGGACGUGUCCGAGUCGACGAGCUGUACAAGAGAACGGAUGAAUUUAUCCUCGCCGUCACUUUCCAGGUCUGGUAUAACUUACCAGAUCAUCCAGCCAUGAAGCACAUUGGCUUUGAGUUCAAACGGAUGACUCGUUAG